GGGAGCGAGGGAGGGGGUUGGUCCGGGAGAGAGCAUGGCAGCGGCAGCCACAGCGCUGCUGACUUGGUUCUCCUUCACUUAGACCCGAGAGCAGCCGCGUCCUGUGCGCUCCUGGCGCAGAGCCUGUGCGUCAUUCUGUUGUUUUCUUUCCGCCUCGCUUCACUCUUUUUGCGUCAAGAAGCCGGAACCAGGAGCGGCUCAGAGUUCAGCCCGGAUCCGGAGAAAGCCGACCCUCCUCGGCCGCCCUGAAGCCUCCGGACCGCGGAGCAGCGGCGCUCCAUGUGCGCCUCGUCGGUCCGACAGCUGAACCCGGAGUUACGCCGAACGGAACCGAUCCGAGAUCAGCUGGUUUAACAGAAAGCAAGCAGAUACACGCAGAGGGAGGCUGAGUUAACGCUCCGCAGCAGAACCAGAACCAGAACCGGACCUCAGCCCAGCGCAGACAUGCCGCAGGUGGAAAUGAUCCUGUUCCUCAUCCUCAUUAUUGGGAUGUGCGUGUUCGGCCAGGACCCGGGGUCCAAGGUGGCGUCGGACCGCUACGCUGUCUUCUGGAACCGGACCAACCCAAAAUUUUACCGAGGUGAUUACCACAUCGACGUCUGCAUCAACGACUACCUGGACGUCUACUGUCCGCACUACGUGAGCCCGGUGUCGGACGAUCGGGCCGAGCGCUACGUCCUCUACAUGGUGAACUACGACGGCUACAGCUCCUGCGAUCACACCGCCAAGGGCUUCAAGCGCUGGGAGUGCAACAGGCCUCUGUCGCCCAACGGGCCGCUCAAGUUCUCCGAGAAGUUCCAGCUCUUCACUCCGUUCUCCUUAGGCUUCGAGUUUCGCCCCGGCAGAGAGUAUUAUUACAUCUCCUCCCUCAACGACGUCAGAGGAAAGAGGAGCUGCCUUCGGCUCAAGGUCUUCGUCAGGCCCCAAAACAAUUGUGUGAAAAACUCUGGGAGCUCGCAGGAAGGAGUCGAAUUUGACGAAAACAGUCACAACUCGCUUGAACCCAGAGAUGGAAUCAAUCACGAGUCGCCGGAACCAGCCAGACAAGACGUGAACUCUGCCGGUCGGCGACGGUUUUCCAUCCUGCUGCUCAGCUCUGCCCUGAUGCUCCUGGCAGCCAUCUUGUCUUUAUAGCGGCCGAGACGCCUCACCCCGAGGAAAGGACUGUCCUGAUUGGACCACAGCUUGCCGCUCUACACCUCCCUCUUUAAGGAGCACUUUUUAAAAAAAAUAAAUAAAAUUUAAAAAUCCUAAUCUCUGUUGGAGAGAGGAAGAGACUUCAGCAGGUGAAGCCUUUGCUUGUUUUUGUCGACUUCGUGGCUCUUCGAGGCGGAAGAGCUUCGCUGUAAUCCACAGUAUGCAGAUCACUCACCGUUAUUUUUAAAAACGUCCCCACGCGGGACACCGUCUUCACAACCGCGACACUAAUUAGCUCGAGUAGCAAAGAAGCACAGCAGGAUCCUGGAAAAAAAAAAAGUUUACAGACAUUUUUUUUCUCCCCUUUCGUUUCGUUUUUUGGGAACUUCGUGUCACUUCGUUGCGGGAGGAACAAUGGAGGACGCUGCUGCUGUGACGACUUAACCUUCCUCUCAGGUUAGAAAGGACGCAUCGUCGCGGACUGUGGAGCCGUUAGAGAAAAGCACUCAUCUCUUAGUGUUUGGACAGAAUCAAUUUAAUGAUCAAUUAAUGCAUUUCUUUGUUGUUUUGUUUUUUAUUAUUUACCAUGUAAUUGUAGCAGCCAACACGGGUGUACAGUAAAAUAUUUGAACGGAGAGCAGAAGCGAACAAGGAGUUUUGCCAGGCAAAAUGUUAUUUUCCUAUUUAUUGUGAAAUCCUUGUGCUUUUUUUUCUGUUCCGGUUUAGUCUGUAAGUACAGUUAGAACGGCAAUAAAAACAAAAACCCAUCACAGGAUGUUAGCUCAUAUUACACUUAUGUUUGGAGAAAAAAGAAAGAAAAAAAAGAGUUUGUGUCUGUUUGGAAUGAUCACAUGUGAUGGAGCUCGUUGUUUUUAACUAAAGUUUAGGAAAAGAAGAAGAGGUUGGCGUGCAUCAGGGUGUAGAAGUCGAGUAUUUGUGUUUUGAAUUUGCCACUGACGAAUGUCACAAACGUAGUUUUGUUGUUACACUCUUGUUUUCGUGGAUCACUAUUUACACUGCUACUGUAAAUACAGGCAAAUUUAAAAUUCAGGGACGAAUCCGUGCCGAACAUGAGAUCAAUGAAAAGAACAGCUUUUUUAUGCCAAUCUGGAGGGAAAUUCCCCUUGAUUAAUACAAAUGUACGGAACUCCGCAAGGGCCAACUGCCAAAAAAAAAAAGGAUGAAGGUGAGGAAAUAGUUUAAACUAUUGGUAAUUUGCUUAUUUUGCUUUCACAAUUUAAUAUUUUUAAAAUAGCCCCCACACCAAUCACCCAAUUUCUCGAAAUGCGUAAAAAAUGUCUAAUAAAUAAAACAAUACAUCAUUUCUGUAGAACGAUUCCAGCCUAUAAUUUGGUAGAAUGAUCUCAGUAGAAAGCUCAUGAACGUUAAGAAAUAAAUGUUUUUCUAAAUUGUUGGUGCCACUCUUACAAAAAUAAUGUGAGAAAUUCACCUUGAGAAAGGAUUAUGGUACCUAGUUAGUGCCAAGAGUAAAAAUUAAAGUCAUAGUAAGCUCCCAGUAAGCUGUUUAAAUAUUUUCACUAUUUUUAUUUUCCCUCUACAAACAACAAAUAUUAAUGUUUCACAAAUUCAAACUUAAAAGUUGAAUCUCUUUAAAAUAAGUCACAUAUACACUCCUUUCCACAAUUAUUAGCAAUACUAGUAGAGCGUUGAAAAAAAAGUUUUCUAAAUGAACCUAUUUUUGCACUAACACAACUCCAGCUUGAACAUUUCUGAAACCUCAAGCUUUUAAUUUUGGCACAUUUUUUGAGUCUUGGAGAAAAUAAUCAAUGUUAAUGUUUUUGUAAUAUAAAUAAUUGCUGCCAGAGGUUUUGCUAUUCUUCAUAUUUCUGACAAAUAAUUUCAGAAAAAUUCCCUUUAGCAAGUUAAAAAUAUGGAGCUCAGUUAGUGCCAGAUGUUGAAGCGAUUUUAAAAGUGGGGAAACUCAGGUCAGUUCUUAAGCAGAUUGCUUUAGUAAGCAGUUUGGACAGAUUUAUUUAAUUUCACUUUUAUUUUUUAUUUAAAAAAAUAUGUUCACAAAAGUUUAAUAGAUUUUAGCUUUGAAUGGCCGUAUAUUUAAAAUAAACCACACAUCCAAACACUGUCUGAAAUAAUCGGCACUUCUGGUAAAGAUGCAUAAAAAACAAAUUAAUUGUAUUUAUUUCAGCAUAAUAAUCUGAUACUAAAUAGAAAUUUAAGAAAAAUCGAUUGAAGUGAAAAUCUUUAGUUGGGAUUUUUAAAAAUUAUUUGCAAAAUAAAGAAAUAAAUCUAGAUAACUGGAGCCAAAUCAUUAUUAUCACCCUUCAUUAUUAAAGCUACUGAAUAAAUUAAAUGAUACCUGAUUUCCAAAACCAUAAAUUUCUUUUCUGAUGGAUUUUCUAUAUUGUCAGAAAGCUAUUCAUACACUGCAAAAACACAAAAUCUUAAUUUUGGUCUAAUUUCUAGCAUAUUUGAGAUAAGACAAAACUAACUCACAAGAAACUUUUCAGAUUGCUUAAGUAAAAAAUUCCUUACUAUUGAUGAAAAAGUACUAGUUCUAUUGGCAGAUAACUUCACUUAUAACAACACAUUUUCCCAUGUUACUGGAUCAAAAUGACUUGGUACGAUUUUGUGUUUUUGCAGUGUAUGUUAAUAUCUUCAAAACAUACUUCCCACAAAUAUUGGCACCCCCAACAAAAACUAUUUUUUUUAUUUUUACAUCUGGCACAACCUGGGCUCCAUAUUGGGUGAGAUUUAUCAGUGAAACAGCAAAAACAAUUCACGACGCAGGCAGCAGAGUUGCGCGUUGGGUUGCCGGCUGAGUGAUUCGGUUUCUGCCUUUGAUCCUGGGUAAAGUGUCGUCUGAACAGAAAAUACACCAUGUACCCCCGCAUAGCGGUUAUUUCUGGAAUGAAAAAUUGACCCCCAGAGAAGAAGGAAAACACAGAGUGCGGUCGACACAAUCUGAGCUGAGAGGGGAAAACGAGGGAGUGGAAAACGUGUGGAGAUGGUUUCAAUGCUACGCUCCAUUCAUAUCCAGUCAGCUGGGAAAGCACAAAGCCUCGUGUUAACUGCUUUCUCCAGUGUUAAAGUACAAAAAGUAAUCAGGAUUUACACUGAAAAUCAAAUAAUCCAACAUUUUAUUAGUCACUGGGAGAUCAGCAUGUUUUAAUUAACACAUUUUAAGGAAAUAAUUGUGUUUUAAGUGUGAAUUUUUUUAAAACUUUGCAUUAAAUAAUACAAUUUAACUUUUCAGGAUCAUGUUUUAAAAUUAUUAAAAGAGAAGCUUUAAUAAAAAAUAAUAAUUAAGAUGUCAGAAUAAUUUUUACGAGAAUGUAAUUAUGUACCAUAUAAGUGUAAGAUAUGUAAUAAUUACAAGUCUUGUUAGAAUUAUAACAUUUUUCAAUGCUCACAAACUUUUACAAAAUAGCAAAAUAAACUUUUCUUUAUCCUAAUUUUAAAUGAAAAUUGUUUCUAUAGAGGUUUUGAGAAAUGUCCGUUUUGAAAGCUCAGUUUUUGUAUUAUUUAGAAAAUCAGAGAAAUUCCCAUUGAGGAGUCAAGCUAACAUCUAAACUUUAAUUUUUCACUUUUGUCAAAGUAAAAAAUGGUUUUCAUAUUCAAUUUCAUAAUCACUUAAUCUUGAUAUAUAUAUAUAUAUAUAUAUAUAUAUAUAUAUAUAUAUCUUUCUUAAAAUGUAGAACCACAAAUUGCCCUAAAUUUGUGAUCCGAUAAAUAAUUCAGGAGCUUUCAUUUACCUCUAUUUAGCUAAAUUGGUUACUUAAAUUGAGUGUAGCUAUAAACUACACUGUCACUUGCUGUUAGCUUAAGUGAAUAAAUAUGCUUGGCUAGUUGCUAAGCUGAAUAGUUUUUAGUUAAGAGUCCAAGCAGUUAACAACUUGACUUCAAAAACUAUUAAUUUGACACUCAGUGACUUACUUUGAGUAGUUAGCUAUACUGAUGUUAGCCUAACUUUGAUUUGCUAUUAGCUUGAUGUUGACUAGUUAGAGCAGAAAUAAGCUUGGCAAUAAGUAGUUGUUAGCAUAAUUUUAAGUAGCCCCAUCAAGCAUAUUAGCCCAACUCUAGGUGGUUGUUAGCUAGAUUUUCAUGGCUAUUAGCCCAACUCUGAGUAGCUUUGAGCCUGAUUAUUUCGGAACUUGAUUACCCCAAUUUGAUUUGCUAUUAGUUUGACGCUGACAAGCAAUAGCAGCAAUUAGCUUGACUUUUUAUGAUGGCUAUUAGCUCAACUCUGAGUAGCUUUUAGCCUGAUUGUGUCUUGGCUUGACUACCCCAAUGAGAAUUUCUCCUUGCUUCUCUUUUCUGAAAUAACAUUUACCAGCUUUCUAGUCCAAAGACGACAACAGUUCAACACAAACCCAUUAUAGAAACAUUUACAUUUAAUUUAUAUCUUUAAUUUUUGACCUAAUCAUAAAAGUUAAGUGUUUAUCAAAUUUUCCAAUUCCCACAUGGAGGAACAAGCUGCUCCAAAACUCAAACUUUUCAUAAAACCCUGCCUUCUUGUUUUAAAUAUAUAUAAAUUAGUAAAUCAAAACAUUCAUAAUGUUUGGUAAACUGAAACUGAUGAGUAAAACCGCUGGAGUUCCAAUUUAAAAUGUAAUUCAAGAUCUCUGUACUAAUCCCCGUCAGCGUUC